AUGUCACUGAGAGGAUUGGAGCUCGACUAUCCACUAUUUGUGGCCGAAUUUCUCGACAAGGAUCACGUGAUCGUCGGCGGAGGCGGCGGAGAGGGAAACCACGGCAUCCCCAACAAGCUGAGCAUCGUCAAGAUCAAGGGACCCGACAUGCCCAAGAAGAUCUCCGAGAUUGAGCUGUCGAAAAAAGAAGACAAUCCCACGAGCUUAGCAAUUUUCGACAAGAACACCAUUUACGCCGGUGUAAACAGCAACAGUGAAACUCUCAAGAGCGGCAAGAACCAGCAUCUGCGACUCUUCUCGCUCUCGGACGACAAGGAGAAAUGGAGCGAAACCAAGUCCUCACAAGUCUUUGAAGACGUUGGCAUUCUCGACUACCAGAAGGGGGCGCUGGCUGUGCCCAAGCACAAGUCUGUGAUUCUCAGCAACUCCACGGCUCCUGGAUACAUCUACUCCAUUGAUGUCAAGGAUCACGCAGUCAACUUCCAGGAGAAGACCGAGAGUGAGAUCAACGGCAUGUCUCUGUCUCUGGACGAGUCCAAGUUUGUCUACGUGACGGACAAGACUCUUGUUGUAGCCAACUCGGCCGACGGAAAGCACAUUUUCAACUCGGAGUCUAUCAAGGGCGAGACCUUCUCCCGGGCUGCCUUCCUCAAGUCCUCGGCGGUGGUUGCUGCUAUUGCUGUGGGAGCCAAGGAUGGUAUCAAGCUGGUCAAGAUGCACGGAGACAAGUUCGAAGAGGUGUCAUUCAGCUCGUACAAGAACCUCAAGAAGGUGACUGCUCUGGCCUGCCACGACAAGUACAUCUUCACUGCCCACCAGGACCUCAGUCUAUCCAUUUUCUCCGCCGACAACCUGCGUCUGCUCAAACAGUACAAAGAGGCCCAUGAGUUUGCCAUCACCCGAGUUGCUCUUAACGAGGAUGAGACCAUGGCUGUCUCUGUGUCUGCUUCCAACACUCUCGGAGUCAUUGAUAUCCCUGCCGAUGGCAACUUUGGAGGCAACAAGCUGUUUGACAUUAUCAUUCUGACCAUUCUCAUCCUGUUUGUGGCCAUUGCUUACCAGAAGAUUGUUGGAACCCGUCAGUGGUAG